CAUCCCGGCUUUAGAUUUCGUCUCUGUGAUGAGAGCUGCUCAGUGGACCAUUGGACUGGAGACAAAGGAGGAGGAGCCAGCUCCCACGGUGCAGGGCAGGAGGUCAUCGCUCAGCGGGGUGUGCUACCUGACCAUGGGUGUCCUUGUACUGCUCCUGGCCUUGGUCUUUGCAUCGAUGUAUGUGUACAGAUACUUCUUCGUCACCCAGCUGCCCCGCGAGAGCGUGUUUCACUGCGGCGUCCUUUAUGAAGACUCACUGUAUUCACCAUUCAAAGGGCAGCUGGAGUUGCAUGAAGAUGUCAAGAUUUACAUUGAGGAGAACUACGAGCAAAUCAGUGUCCCAGUGCCCCAGUUUGGCGGGAGCGACCCUGCGGAUAUCAUCCACGAUUUCCAGCGAGGUCUGACAGCUUAUCAUGACAUAACGCUGGAUAAGUGCUACGUUAUCGAGCUGAACACCACUAUUGUGAUGCCUCCUCGCAACCUGUGGGAGCUGCUGGUUAACGUGAAGAAAGGGACGUACCUGCCUCAGACGUACAUAAUCCAGGAGGAGAUGAUCGCGACUGAGCAUGUCAGUGACAUGGAGCAGCUCGGCUCCUUCAUCUACCGUCUCUGCAGCGGCAAGGAGACUUACAGGCUGAAGCGGAGAAGUGCGAGGAGACGUAUCAGUCGACGCGAGGCUGGAAACUGUCAUCAUAUUCGUCACUUUGAAAACACUUUUGUGGUUGAAACUGUUAUCUGCAAAAAGUCAUGAAGCCACUCUCCACAUGUAACCUUCCUUGGCUUUGCUUGCAUACACAUGCUCUCAGCCCUCUCUUUAGACAUGGUAAUCUGUCUUACUUUUUUUACUCCCCUGCUUGUGCAGCUCUAACCUCUUGGGCCUAUUAUGGCCUCACAGUGGAUUCUCUUCUCUCCCUGCUACCUACCUGAGACGUUUGCUGGGCUUAAAUUUACACAGUGGUUGAAGAUAACCUGGUAGUAGAUGCAGCUUCUCCCACACCACAGGAUGGAAAUCUCUUUUGGAAGCA